GCUGGUGCGUCCUCCUGACGGCAAGUGGGGCGGCCCGCAGCCUGACGGGGUUAUUACCGGCCUGGUGGGGCAGGUAGCCAGACACGAGGCUCACGCCACACUCUGCGAACUCUCCAUCACUGAGGCCCGUGAGAGUGUGACGGACUUCACGAUGCCAUACUACAUGGAGUCCACAACAUUAGUGUCGAACGCCCCUAAGGAGAAAAAUCGAGCGUUCGCUGUCUUUUCACCCUUCAGAGCCGAGGUAUGGAUGUGCAUAUGCAGUGUAACGACAGUGAUUGGUCCGUUACUGUACGCGCUGAGUCGCUUGAUGGUCAAGUACUUAGGGAUGGAAGAUCGCACCCAGUACAGCAUGCAGAGUCUGGCUUUCAAUAUGUACAGGACCUUGAUGGUCCAGGGCAACCUCGUCCGCUCCCCUCAUUGGACCCUCCGCUUCAUCUUCGUGUUUUGGUACCUGUUCUCCUUUUAUAUAUAUGCCAUGUACUCCGCGACGUUGACGGCGGUGCUAGCGGUGCCGUCGUUUGAGAAGCCUAUCGACUCCCUGGAAGACUUAGCCCAGGCACACCGCGACGGGUACAUCAUAGCCACCACUCGCGACUCUAGCUUCGCCGGCGCCUUCCAGACCGCAGCUAGUGGCCUGUUCCACGAGGUGUGGAAGCUGUUCAAUCACAAGGACCCCGACAAGAGCUUCCUGCCGGCUCCUGCCAGCGGCUUUGAUAUAAUUCUGAAGCGUAAGUGCGUGUUCAUUAAUGCAGAGCUCAACUCAAAGCUGACAGCUACCAUGAAGGGCCUCAACAACUAUUACAUCUCACGCCAGACCUUCCUGCCCCAAGGUUAUGGCAUCGCUUGCAGCAGCGGCUCCCCCUUCAAGGACGUCUUCAGUAGGAUUAUACUCCGGCUGACAGAGGCUGGACUGGUUUACAGGUGGGCAGAGGACGAAGUCAAAAAGGUCGCCAAGAACAACUCUCCUGGUGAGGCAGGACCCAAGGCUGUCAACCUCCACCAACUCCAGGCUGCUUUCUUCAUUUUGGUGAUGGGCUUUGCAAUAUCAGCGAUGGUGUUUGGAGGGGAGAUUAUAGCCAGCAGGUUACAGCAGAACAAAACCACAACACCCAUUGAAAAGAUUGAGUCCCGGAGCGGAUGGCAUCCUCCACACCUAAGAGCAGCCUACACAAACUCCUCCAUUAUCGACAAAAUAGUCCCUGUCGUGCGAAAAAAAUGAUUUCAUUGCAUCUUGUUAAUAUUCACAUAAGUUAGUGACAACCACAUUUGCUUACGUUGUUUAUAGACAACAAAUCUCUUGUCUCCCAAUAUAGUGUGAUCUUAUAGCGCGAUGAAGGUCAUUAAGGUUUAAUUUGAUUCUAAAUUUGCUGUCAAAAAUUUGCCUUAGUCUUGAUUCAAUUGCAUUUUUUUUGGUAUGAAGAAACAUAUAUUUAAUGUUAAUUUUAUAGAAAGUUUCUGUAUAAAUUAUUAUUACAAUUAUUAGAAUAAACAGUCAAAGGAGUAACUACAACUUGCAAAGAUUUUUAGCAUAUUGAGCCGUAAGACAGCUUUCUUCAAGUUGAAUCAUAUAAUGUAAAUAUUAAUAUUCUUGUUAUAUUAGUUUAAUAAUAUUAAAUAAAAAAAUACUUGUUUAAAUAAUAUUGAAUGAAAUUGAUGUUAGUGUUGUGGAUGGUUGCGAUGUAUAGUGAGUCACAUUAAUGGUGAAUGUUGUGAUAUGUAGCACGACACUUGUGGUGGAUGGUUGCAACAUAUAGCCAGUCACUUGUGUGGUGGAUGGUAGCAACCUAUAGCCAGUCACUUGUGUGGUGGAUGGUAGCAACCUAUAGCCAGUCACUUGUGUGGUGGAUGGAUGGAUGUUUGGUAGAGAGUCACGUGUGCGGUGGAUGAU